AUGUCCGCCAACCAACUGCCCCUCUCCCAAGGCACGCUCGGCCACCUGCUGCCGCCGAGCUGGAAGACGCAGGUGACGGCGUGGCUCGCCGAGGACACGCCGUCGUGCGACUACGGCGGCUUCGUCGUCGGCGACGCUCCGCGCACCGCCACGCUCUGGGGCAAGUCCGACGGCGUCAUCGCCGGCCGUCCCUUUUUCGACGAGGUCUUCACGCAGUGCGGCUGCACCGUCGAGUGGCACGCCGCCGAGGGCUCCGAGGUUCAGCUCAGCGACACCACCAGCAAGCAAAAGGUCGCCACCGUCACGGGCCCCGUCCGCGGCAUCCUGCUUGGCGAGCGCGUGGCGCUCAACACGCUCGCGCGGUGCUCCGGCGUCGCGACCCGCAGCAAGGAGGUCGUCGACACGGUGCGCGCCGCGGGCUACACGGGCAUCCUGGCGGGCACGCGCAAGACGACGCCCGGGUUCCGGCUCGUGGAAAAGUACGGCAUGCUCGCGGGCGGCGCCGACGCGCACCGCAUGGACCUCAGCUCCAUGGUCAUGCUCAAGGACAACCACGUCUGGAGCCGCGGCAGCAUCACCGAGGCCGUGGUGGCGGCCCGCUCCGUCGCCGGCUUCGCCAUGAAGAUCGAGGUCGAGGUGCAGACGGAAGCCGAGGCCGACGAGGCGAUUGCGGCAGGCGCCGACGUCGUCAUGCUGGACAACUUCACGGGCGACGGGGUCAAGGUGGCGUCGCGCAGCCUCAAGGAGCGCUGGGCCGGCAAGAAGCACUUUAUGCUCGAGGUGUCGGGGGGUUUGACGAGGGAUAAUGUUGGCGCUUAUGUGUGCAAUGAUGUCGACAUCAUCUCGACAAGUUCUAUUCACCAGGGCGUUCCGCAUGUUGACUUUUCGCUCAAAAUCGAGCACUAG